AUCAUUUAACUUCCUUUUUCACCAUGGCUGGUUCAAAAGCUGUCGCUCUUUUAUUCCUGUUGGUUAAUCUAACCACAGCCUCUGUUAUUCCACGUGCAGAGGCCUCAUCGUCAGCGGUUGCUGCCAGUGCGAGCGCGAGCGCUGAGGCUUCCUGCUGGCGAUACACACUCCCUACCACUCUCACGGAGGAUGAUAUCGAGCAAAAUGAAGAUGACACCACCUCGUCGACCAGACGGCGGGGCCUGAACUACUUUGAUCGCCGCGAUCAUACCAAGACUGAAAAGCUCGGUACCUGCGACUUGGGGCAGACGAUCUACAAGCCCAAAUACUUUCGUUCAAAGAAUAUCCAAACUAGCCAAAACAAAGUCAGCGGUUAUAGCUUCCUUGGGUACUUCAUUCCCAAGCUAGACACCUGCGACGCAGCUGUCACGUUCACGACAAUUGCCAAUGCAGCUGACGUUCCGCAAACAACGGCUGGGUACUGGGACGAUGUUAAGGCAAGUGCCCAACAAAAGUACCUCGAUCUGGGAGCCCAGAUCAACAAGAAUAACCAGGAGAUGCCACACAUCAAUGUGGAUCAUGUUUACGAGCUCCAAAUCCUUGAUGCCUUCUUGACGGCUAUGAUUGACGAGUACAAGUUCUGCGACAGUUUCAAAGAAUGGUUCCUCACGAUCGAUUCAACCUUCAAGAACAAGCAAGGAGUGAAUAAGCCCCGACUCCAGAAGCUCUACAGUUAUUUGCCUGGUGAGACGUAUCCGGACCUGGUGGCCAUGGACAGUCGUUUGAAUUCGUACAAGGCACCUAUGUUCGGAAGUGAAGAGUUGAGCGGCAUGGCUUCGGUCGACGGCACCGGAGACACCCGCCAGGGCAGCGCGCUGAGCAUUAUGAACACUCUGGCAGUGGUUGUCUCAAUGCUCCGCGACAACAGCGUCGCCACCUACUUCAAGAACGCCAACACCCGCAUGUAUAAAGCUUUCCUUGGGAUUGAUGACCUCAUGAGCCAACAGAAAUCCUGCAACCAAGACCUCGACCUCCCGCAACCCAAGAACGGCUGGGCCAGUGCGUACGAAAGCUGGAUGGAUAAGUUCCUGAGUACCCAGGCGGCGGCUGUCUCGACCCGCAUCUCAUCAGUUUCCGCACAAGUCACUAGCACCGAGGCUGCGGGGGCCAAGAACGUCUAUGGCAAGGCGCUGGAUGCGUUCAAUGAGAAGUACCCUACUGCAUCAUGGAAAUGGGACAACGGCAAGCUGCUGGACUGGAGCGCAACUGACGGCACUGCCUUUGCCAAGCGUGAUGCCUCGUCAGCGGCUGUCUGUACGCCCACGGCUACGCCGUCCUCCUCGGCAAUCAAGUCCCACUCUGCUUCUAGCAAGGCCACGCCGAGCCAGACUGGAACUGCAAACACGGCUUCGGAGACAGCUUCGCACACGGUCAAGUCUACUGUGACAUCGUCCUCGCAGAAGGCGACGAUCACGCCUGCGACAAGCACUUCCACCAAAGCAGAGACUACAACCAAGAGCAAGCACGGCUCUGGGUCUUCCGAGGCAGCACAGACUACCAAGUCUACUAGCAGCAAGCCGAAGGAUACCGACACCGCAACGACCAAGUCUAGCUCGUCGUCGGCCAAGGAUACCGCGACUAUCACCAGCACCAAGACCACAUCGACGGCUACUCCUGACUCGAAGGAUACGAGCACCAAGGAUACCUCGACUAAGGACACUUCGACUAAGGAUACCACAACUAGCACUUCGACUUCCACAAAGACCAAGGAAACUACCACCUCCACCAAGACUUCCACCACGACCAAGAGUACGAAGACGGCUACUAAGACUACUACCAAGUCUUCGAAGGAGACUGAGGAUUCCUCCUCUUCUUCUUCGUCUUGCAAGAAGAAGAAGUGCAAGAAGGGGUAA